GUGCUAUUAUUUUCUUCCAACAGUUACCCAGCUGUGUGUGAAUUCCUACAGCACAAUAACUUGUUAUCUAUACUUCGAGCUCAUGAAGCCCAGGAUGCUGGGUAUCGUAUGUACAGGAAAAGCCAAACAACAGGCUUCCCAUCACUAAUCACAAUUUUUUCAGCACCAAACUAUCUAGAUGUAUACAAUAACAAAGCUGCAGUAUUGAAAUACGAGAACAACGUUAUGAAUAUCAGACAGUUCAACUGCUCCCCUCAUCCGUACUGGCUUCCAAACUUUAUGGAUGUGUUUACCUGGUCCUUGCCAUUUGUGGGUGAGAAAGUGACAGAGAUGCUGGUAAAUGUGCUGAACAUCUGCUCAGACGAUGAACUGGGGACAGAGGAAGAUGGGUUUGAUGGAGCAACAGCUGCUGCUCGAAAGGAGGUUAUAAGGAACAAGAUAAGAGCAAUAGGAAAAAUGGCUAGAGUUUUCUCAGUGUUAAGAGAAGAGAGUGAAAGUGUGCUGACACUGAAAGGUUUGACUCCAACAGGAAUGCUGCCCAGUGGUGUGCUCUCUGGAGGAAAACAAACACUGCAAAGCGCUACUGUUGAGGCUAUUGAGGCUGAUGAAGCUAUCAAAGGAUUUUCACCCCAGCAUAAGAUCACUAGCUUCGAAGAGGCGAAAGGCUUAGAUCGAAUUAAUGAGCGAAUGCCUCCGCGCAGAGACGUGCCAUCCGAUGCCAACCUUAACUCCAUCAACAAGGCAAUCUCCACAGAGACUAAUGGCACGGACAGCAACGGCAGUAAUAGCAGCAAUAUUCAGUGACCACUGUCUGGGAGGGGGGUUGAGCUGCAGGGCGCGAUGGGGUUGCUGCACAUCAGCAGUGGGAUGUUCUUGCCUCUGAUAAUAGCUUACUUGCUCUGGGGGCCAGGUGUUGGAUUCAGUUUACAAAAAUCAUCUACGAAGAGAUCGUCAACUUUAAUUUGGUGGGAGGGGGGCUGGGGGAGAGACACCUCCUUUGGAUAUGCCUUUAAAAUGCUUGUAGAAAAAUGGAAGCUCAUGCUGGUAUAUAUUGCAAAGUUAGGGGAAUGAACAUGUUUUCCUACUGCAUUUGGAACGUCUAGAUAUGUUACUGAAAGGCCUUUUAUUAUGUUACUGGACAUGAAAACUUUGUUUAAUUUCUUACUAACUAUUGUACGUUUACAGUUGCAGCACUAAACAUGGACAACAUCGAAACAUUUUUAACAAAAUGUACAAACUAAAUAAGGACUAUUUAUUGAUAAUGUUUUGCUACUCUUGUCAGACAAUGGCUAUGAAAUAAAUUAGGCAGUCUUUAAAAAUAUAGAGGAAAAAAAAAAGAAUGUUGGAAAUUUGUUUAAAAUGCCAAAAAAAAGAGAAAGAGAGAGAGUGAGAGAGCGAGCGAGAGCGACAGUUUAAUUUUGUACAGAUUAUGCUUACCUCAGGUUUCUUUAGUGUGCUUCAAUGCCCUUCUUUAAAUAUAACACUUAUCUUACUAAUUUGGCAGCAAUUAUCCUUUUCUUUGUUUAAAAAAAAACUGGAAUAAUGAUAAAAUUUAUCUUUUUUUGCUGUUUAUAUUUAGGGGGGUUUGGUUUGGGGGGUUUUCUGGGUUUUUUUGGUAAAUCAAGUCUUGGUUGUGGCUUGCUGAAUUUAAAUAUUUAUGAGUGGUGCAUUUUUAAGUAUAGUGAACAAGACACCAUAUUAAGUGCAGUGAAAAGCAUCUAUAUUCUGUAAAAAUCUGCCUAUGCAUGUUUUUUAAGAAAAAAUGGCUGUAUAGGCCUGUAUGGGACUGUAAUGCGCUUAGUGGUCUGACUUAUACUGGAAAUGUAUGUAUACUGGCGUACUUUAUAUUCUCUAAAAAAAAUGCUUAAUGCCUUUGAAAUUUUGUAAUCGAAAAAAAAAGCUUUGAAAAAUCUAAGGGGAGAGUAUUCUUAAAGUUUUUAACAUAAGCUUGUCAGUGCACAUAUAGAUGGGUAGCAUGUUUAGCAAACCUUGUGAAAUUUAAAUAAGUUUGUAGUUACAUGUGAAAUUCUAAAUGCAUGAUAACUGUCAAUGUCAUAAUGGUUUAGUCAUUUUGUUCUGUUCUGUCACGUGCCACAAAAUGUGUAAUUUUUUCACUUUUUUCCCUUUGUAUAUCAGUUACGGGUUUCAACUGGUUCAUUCUGAAAAAAGAAAAGGAAACAAAACAGUCCAUUGAUAUUUUUUAACAAUUGUAUAAGUGCCCAAGUAAUUCACUACAGCCUACAGCCUUGCCUUUGUAAUUUGACUUCGAAAUGUUGGCAAUCAAAGCAUGCACUUGUAACAAUGAAAGAAGCAUUUUAUAUUACUACUCAAUAAAAAUGUGCAUGAACUUAA